UAUAAAGGGCUUCUCUUCUUUUCUUUUUCUUGGUUUUGUUCUCUCGCUCUCUCCUUGUAGAUCCUGUGAACGUUUCCACUUUUCCUAUAAAGCCUCGACUUUUUUGCUGAGGAAACCAUGAAGAAAGAAGAGGAGAGAGACGAAAAAAUGGAGAAGAAUGGUGGAGAAAAUCAGAAAGUGUCGUUUUUCAAACUCUUUUCGUUCGCCGACAAAACUGACGUCGCUUUGAUGGCCAUCGGGACUAUCACCGCCGUGGCUAACGGUGUUACUCAGCCGCUCAUGACUCUAAUCUUUGGCCAGCUCAUCAACGCCUUUGGCACCACCGAUCCAGAUCACAUGGUUAAAGAAGUGUGGAAGGUUGCUGUACAGUUCAUUUACCUUGCAGUAUACUCUUGCAUUGUCGCCUUCCUCCAGGUGUCAUGCUGGAUGGUAACUGGAGAGCGCCAAUCCGCAACAAUACGUGGCCUAUACCUGAAAACGAUACUAAGACAAGACAUUGGCUUCUUUGAUACGGAAACAACCACCGGAGAAGUCAUCGGAAGAAUGUCUGGAGACACAAUUCUGAUUCAAGACGCAAUGGGAGAGAAGGUUGGGAAGUUUCUACAACUAGUAGCAACGUUCUUUGGAGGAUUCGCGAUUGCCUUUAUAAAAGGACCGGAACUAGCUGCCGUUCUUCUUGGUUGCAUACCUCUCAUUGUGAUUGCUGGUGGUGCAAUGUCUCUCAUCAUGUCUAAAAUGGCUGGUCGUGGUCAAGUGGCCUAUGCAGAAGCUGGAAACGUUGUUGAACAAACCGUUGGAGCCAUUAGAACAGUAGUAGCGUUUACGGGAGAGAAGCAAGCAACAGAGAAAUACGAAAGCAAGCUAGAGAUCGCUUACAAGACGAUGGUUACACAAGGUUUGAUCUCUGGUAUAGGCCUCGGUACAAUGCUGGCCGUGAUCUUCUGUAGCUACAGUUUAGCGGUUUGGUACGGCGCAAAGCUAAUCAUAGGGAAAGGUUACAAUGGUGGACAAGUCAUCAACGUGAUCUUCGCUGUCCUUACCGGUGGAAUGUCGUUAGGGCAAACAUCUCCGAGUCUGAAUGCUUUCGCUGCAGGACGAGCUGCUGCUUACAAAAUGUUUGAGACCAUCAGCAGAAGUCCGAAGAUCGAUGCUUACGACAUGAGCGGUUCUGUUCUUGAGGAUAUUAAAGGAGACAUUGAGCUGAAAGAUGUCUACUUUAGGUAUCCGGCUAGGCCUGACGUUCAAAUCUUCGCUGGAUUCUCGCUCUUUGUACCGAACGGCACGACCAUGGCUCUUGUGGGACAGAGUGGAAGCGGGAAGUCGACGGUUAUCAGUCUCAUCGAGAGGUUCUAUGAUCCAGAAUCAGGAGAAGUGUUGAUAGACAAUGUUAACUUGAAGAACCUUCAGCUCAAGUGGAUUAGAAGCAAAAUCGGUUUGGUUAGUCAAGAGCCUGUUCUGUUUGCGACAACAAUUAAAGAAAACAUUGCUUACGGGAAAGAAGACGCUACUGAAGAGGAGAUUCGAACCGCGAUCGAGCUUGCCAACGCUGCCAAGUUCAUUGACAAGCUCCCACAGGGCUUGGACACGAUGGUGGGAGAGCACGGGACGCAAAUGUCUGGAGGACAGAAACAGAGGCUAGCAAUCGCGAGAGCCAUUUUGAAGAACCCUAAGAUCUUGCUUCUCGAUGAAGCAACAAGUGCAUUAGACGCUGAGUCCGAACGCAUUGUCCAAGACGCCCUCGUGAACCUAAUGUCGAACCGGACCACCGUCGUGGUGGCUCACCGGUUGACAACAAUCAAAACCGCAGACGCAAUCGCAGUUGUCCACCAUGGUAAAAUCGUCGAAAAAGGGACUCACGAUGAGAUGAUACAAGAUCCAGAAGGAGCUUAUUCACAGCUGGUUCGUCUUCAAGAAGGGUCAAAGGACAAAGCUACCGAACCAGAGGUUCCUGAGACGAGCUCAGGCCUUGAGAGAUCAGGAAGCCACAGGCUAUCAUCAGCGAUGAGGAGAUCCUUUAGCCGAGACUCGUCGAGCAGCCGCCACUCUUUCUCUCUAGCUUCAAACAUCUUCAUACCAGCAGCGGUUAACGUUAACGAGACCGACGAAAACGAGCAAGAGACACGAACCGUGAGGCACAAGAAAGUGUCACUUAAACGGCUAGCUAACCUCAACAAACCGGAGCUUCCGGUACUGAUUCUUGGUUCGUUGGCUGCAAUGGCUCACGGAACGUUGUUUCCCAUCUUCGGUUUGCUGCUUUCGAGCUCCAUCAACAUGUUCUACUACCCAGCAGAGAAGUUGAAGAAAGAUUCGCGUUUCUGGGCGUUGAUCUACAUCGCUCUCGGUGUAGCUAACUUCGUCGUGAUUCCGGUUCAAAACUACUUGUUUGGUGUUGCUGGAGGGAAGCUGAUUAAACGCAUCCGGUCCAUGUCGUUUGAUAAAGUGGUUCAUCAAGAAAUCAGUUGGUUCGAUGACACUGCAAACUCCAGCGGUGCGAUUGGAGCGAGAUUGUCCACGGAUGCUACAACAGUGAGAAGUUUGGUAGGAGAUGCGUUGGCGUUGAUUGUGCAAAACAUAGCAACUGUAACCGCCGGUUUGAUAAUAGCGUUUACUGCGAAUUGGAUGCUAGCUGUCGUUAUUCUUGCCGUCUCACCGUUUAUGGUCAUGCAAGGAUAUGUUCAAACCAAGUUCCUGACCGGUUUUAGCGCGGAUGCUAAGAUGAUGUAUGAAGAAGCGAGUCAAGUGGCGAAUGAUGCAGUAAGCAGCAUAAGAACGAUUGCAUCUUUCUGCGCAGAGGACAAGGUGAUGGAUUUAUACCAACAGAAAUGCGACGGACCAAAGAAGCAAGGUGUCCGGUUAGGUCUCGUCAGUGGUGCUGGUUUCGGUUCCUCUUUCUUUGUUCUCUAUUGCACCAAUGCUUUGUGUUUCUUCAUCGGUGCCUUGUUGGUUCAACAAGGUAGAGCCACGUUCGGUGAAGUCUUCAAGGUUUUCUUUGCAUUGACCAUCACAGCCAUUGGAGUUUCUCAAACGAGUGCUAUGGCACCUGAUUCAAACAAAGCUAAGGACUCUGCAGCGUCGAUUUUCGAUAUUCUUGAUAGUAAACCGAAGAUUGAUUCCAGCUCUGAUGAAGGUACAACGUUACAAAACGUUAAUGGUGAUAUUGAAUUCCGACAUGUUAGUUUCCGGUACCCGAUGCGACCGGACGUUCAGAUUUUCCGUGACUUGUGUUUGAAUAUACCUUCCGGCAAGACCGUUGCGCUUGUUGGGGAGAGUGGAAGCGGGAAAUCAACGGUAAUAAGCAUGAUCGAGAGGUUUUAUAAUCCAGACUCAGGCAUGAUUUUGAUCGAUCAGGUGGAGAUUCAGACAUUCAAACUGAGCUGGUUAAGGCAACAGAUGGGUUUGGUUAGUCAAGAACCGGUUCUGUUCAACGAGACGAUCAGAUCAAACAUAGCUUAUGGUAAAACCGGUGGAGCUACAGAGGAAGAGAUAAUCUCAGCCGCACAAGCCGCAAACGCGCAUAACUUCAUCAGCUCGUUGCCUCAAGGCUACGAAACGUCGGUUGGAGAACGCGGCGUUCAGCUAUCCGGUGGCCAGAAGCAGAGGAUAGCGAUCGCGCGUGCGAUUUUGAAAGAUCCCAAGAUUCUGCUGCUCGAUGAAGCGACGAGCGCGUUGGACGCGGAGUCUGAGCGUGUGGUUCAAGACGCGCUUGACCGUGUUAUGGUGAACAGAACGACUGUAGUUGUGGCGCAUAGGCUGACGACGAUUAAGAACGCAGACGUGAUCGCGGUUGUGAAGAAUGGUGUUAUUGCGGAGAAGGGAAGGCAUGAGACGCUGAUGAAGAUUUCAGGUGGUGCUUAUGCUUCCCUUGUUACUCUCCACAUGACUUCAAAUUAAAUAGCCUUUUUGUUUUUAACUUGAGAUGAUUUUUGGAUAUUAUUCGUUAUUUUUCUUCCUUCUGUUUAAUAACUCAUAAGUUUGAGAUAAACAGAUAUAUUAGCCUCGUA